CCCCCUCGGGAGUCACGUCACGUCACCAUCCAAAGGUGAUCCAAGCUGCCCAGACCACGGCCCUUGCGCCUACGACUACUGUACUAGCCCUGCCCUGCCUCGCACCACCAUUAAUCCAAACCGUGUUACUUCCACUGCGACACCAGCUCGUCUCCUCGCCACGCCAGCCAAGCACCACCAGUGGCGCCGAUUCCUUCUGGUCACACCGGUGGUCGUCGUGCUCUUAGCUGGAAGCUCUCCCGUGCCUCCCGCUGCUCGCAUUCUCACGCGCCCUACCAUCCUAUUUUCCCCUCCCUUUCCAUCCGUCUCUGCGCGUCCGAUGCGCGUCGUUCCCAAUCAGUGACGUGCUGCCCACAGCGUAGUGGCCGCUCGUGCCGCCGCCUCGCCAAUGCGUCGGUGCGAUGAAUGCCCGUUCGAUUCGCGAAAACAGACUCAGCUUCUAUCAUGGACACCGCUUAGCAUCGUCAUUCUUCCCCGUCGUCUCCACGCUAGUGAACCGAGAUUCUGCCACUUGCACCGGGCUCUUUAGAUUUUAAAAUCACGGAAUACUGUCUCAAGGUUUAUGCACAGCAGCGCCGCGGACCGGAGCGUUCCACAGCCAUUCGGCGCCUGUGAAUCAAUAGCUGGAAACAGCAGCAGCAGCAGCAGCACCCCUCUUGCACGGCCUUUCCGGAAACAGCUUGGGCCCAUGGCAUUGAGGGCUCGUUCUAAAGGCGGUCUAUCUCCGCGGCCCGCUCCGCACGCUGCGAGACCACAGCGCCGCGCAUUGACGUGCCUCCUGCUGCUCAUCGCCCUCCUCCGCGCUCCCGCCGCCACCGCUUCCACGCCCAAGCAGCCGCUGCUGCUCAACGGGGGGUUCGACCUUGCGGAGUCAGCGGCGCCCGGCAGCAGCGCAAACCUCGCUAGCGCAAUGAGCGUAGUCCGCGAAGCAGUUGGCCCAGUAGCGCGGCGCAUAGCGGGGUGGGACGUGGUGGGGACGCGGAUUAAACUGCAGAUGCUGAUGUCGGGAGAUAAAGGAGGGGGCAAGGGGCAGGGGCAAGUCGCAUCGCUGCCGCAACAGUACCUCCUCAUCCCUUCAGUCCCCGCGCAAGCGGUAUCCCAGACCUUCCCCACGCGCGCGGGGUGCGUGUACGAGGGGUCGUUCGUCAUCCGAUCGCACCACGUGGACGGCUGGCCCGCCGCCGUCAUGCUCUCCGUGGCUGACGUGGCGUCGAGUCAGCAGCUGCACUUCGACGUGCUGCAUGAGAAGAUGACCCAAGAGUGGACGGUGAAGCGCUUCACCUUCAUGGCGGCGGGUGCGCGCUCCGAGCUCACCUUUGGCUCCGUGCCCGCUCAGGGGGGCCGUGAUGCUGGUGCUGACGUUGGUGCGGCCAUCGAUGACGUCACCCUCUCCAUGCCCACCUGCUACGCCGCUGGCGCGCAGAGCACGGAGCAGCGGCUUCUGGUGGAGAUGGAGGAGAGUGCGGCGCUGCAGGCCCAGGCAGAGGCGGAGGCAUGGGCGGCGGAGGAGGCGCGGCAGCACAUGCAGAGCGCGAAGGAUGCAGAGGCUCACAUGCACUCCACUGUUGCCGCCACCCUCGCUGCUGCUGCUGCUGCUGCUGCUGGUGGAAAAGGCGGCGAGGAGAGAAGGGAGGAAGGGGCAGAAACGGGUGAGAAGGCUGUCGAGUCACAUGCGCAUGGGAGGGGGCUCAUGGGAUCACCUGGUGGUUCCUCCGUCAACCAUGGCAGCAGCAGUCAUCAGCAGCAUGAGCAGCAGCAGCAGCAGCAGCAGGGGCACAAGGACGACAAGAAGAAGAAGCAGCCAUCACCCACAUCCCAGCACCACAGCCCGCCAGCCCCACCAUCUGAGCUCUUCCCAGCCGCUGUCCCCUCCUCAGCCUCUCGAAAGCUAGCUGCCUCCGCCGCUGCUGCUGCCCCGCCGUCCCUCCCGCCCCCACCCCCAAAGACCCCUCCCCCUCCCCCGCCUUCCCCUCCGCCUCCGGGGCCGUGGUACGGGCUGUUCACGGCGGGCAAGGCGCUGAGCACCAUCCUGGUGCCCAUGGGCGCGCGCAACGUGCGCGUGAGCGGCAACUCCGUCAACGUCACGUCCGACAGCGGCAACAGCAGCGCCACCGUCACAAAAGGGUCUCGGUGGCAGUCGCUGGCCAAGUACUCGUCAGGAGUGUUCCAGGCGAGGAUGGCGUGCCCUGCCAACGACACCUCGGGACUGCUCUUCUCCUUCUUCCUGAGCACGAUGGCCGGUGAGGGCAACCACAGCGGGGUGAGCUUUGACUUCCCCGGCGCCAGCAAGGCGGUGGUGCUGGCCACGCACCACGUGAACGGCCGCGCGUACCCCGUGUCCGUGCCGCUCAACUUCUCCUGCGACGCCGCGCCGCACCUUUACACCAUCUACUGGGACGCCAAGUACACCGCGUGGUACGUGGACCAGGUGCUGGUGCGGCUGCUGCUGUUCCGCCCCAAGCGCGCGUACCCCACACAGCCCAUGUACCUGUACGGCACGCUCCGACCCGCCACCAGCACCAACAUGGCCAAGCGCGCCGGUGUUGCCACUGCCAACUACACCAAUGUUGGCUCGUGGGCAGGCAUCACUGUGAUCGCACCACUCAUGGCUCAGGUGGGCCCCGCGCCCCCGAAGAAGGCGCCGCCCGCAGUGAAGUGGCCGGCCAUCAACGGCAGCAUCAUGGCGCCGCUGAUGGUGGACUACUGCGACGACCACUGCCUCUCCUGCGCCAACAGCACCGACGGCUCCGCCACCAUCCGCUAUGACAACCGCUGUGGUUCUCGGUUCCGGUCGUCGCUGCCCUUCUACUUUGCGUUCAUCAGUGGCGACGUGCGCUGUGCACCGGGACUGACCAGCGGCAUCGUCACCAGCUUCUAUAUGUCGUCGCUGGAGGGCAGUGGCAUUCAGGACGAGAUCGACUUUGAGUGGCUGGGCAAGAACAAGUCGCAGGUGCAGACCAACUUCUACGUUGGCGGCGUGGGCGGGCGCGAGAAGCUCAUCGACCUGGGCUUCGACUGCUCGCAGGACUUCCACAACUAUGCCAUCCUCUGGUCGCCCCGACAGCUCGUCUGGUUCAUCGACUAUAAGGCGGUGCGUGUGGAGUACAACGCGUCCUCCACCCUGCCCCCCACCAAGAAGAAAUCUUCCUCACCCGUGCCGUCCAAGGCGUUCCCCUCCAAGCCCGCCUUCUUCUAUGCCAGCAUGUGGGACGCCAGCAGCGCCGGCAACGGGUGGUGGGCGGGGAACAGAAGCGCGUCCACGGUUGGCAACCCCAACUGGGCCAUCUUUGCAAGAUACAAGAACAUCCGGGUGCUCUCGCCCGUACUUACGUGACCUGAUUUGUAGCUUGUAGUUGUGGAGUUGGUUUUGACCAGGCUGCUGCUUGGCAUUGGCAUGAAGGUAACCAUGCGUUGUUUUCUUUGCUUGUCUGUUGUAUGAUGGGCUAUGUGAGGCACCCCGUGUAUGUAUGAUGGUUGGCAAUAAGGCCGUGCCAUAAGAGUACAUCUCAUGGUUCAUGCUGUACUCAGCCGCCUUAGACCUCUACAAACAGCACGAAACUUACUCACCGCAAGAUACAAACUGUAUAUGUACUCGUGUUAAACGCCCUAGGGCUGUUCAAUGGAC